AUGGGCGCUAAAUCAGAAGUGAAGGUGGCACUAGAAGGUUCUGAGGACCUUCCACUUCUCGUUGAACAAGGAAUGCAAAUUGAGGACCAAGAUUUACAACCGGAUUACCUCGAAGAUACUGAUGCCACGGAGUACGAGGAAGACGAAGACGAUGAUAAUUUCUCAGAAUUACUUGAAAAAGACAUACCCAAAAAACCAGACGAUUUGCUACUAGAGGAAACAAGCAGCGAGUCAAGUUUUGUGGACAUCGGCGAGUCGACACAGACCACCUUCCCCCAUACCGAUUCACCAUAUUCCCUUCUCUUUAGUGACAAUGAAAUGCUCCUUUUGAACGAUGGCGGAGGAAGACAGGACGGGGUUGUUCUAUUGUUGGACCGGCAGGAUGAGAUGCCGGAUUCUGAGACGGAUCAGAUGUUGUGCGGAUGA